AUGGCGCCCGUCUUCCCUCCCCGAGGCGCCGCUGCGUUCCGCCCCUUCACCCAGGAAUCACUGGCGGAGAUCGAGAGGGUCAAGGAGGAGAGAAAAAAGGCUGGCGAAGUAGCGGGCCAUGAGGACGAAACGAAAGACGCUCCGAACGCUGACCUGGAGGCGGGGAAGAGCCUGCCCAUGAUCUACGGAGACCCUCCAUCAGAGAUGCUCAACACGCCUCUGGAGGACCUGGACCCCUUCUACAAAGGACAGAACACAUUCGUUGUGAUCACCAGAGGAAACACAAUCUUCCGGUUCAACGCGGAGCCGGCUUGCUACGUUCUGAGCCCCUUUAGUUUGCUGAGGAGAGGAAGCAUCAAAGUUCUUAUACAUUCGUUCAUCAUGAUUACGAUUAUGGCGAAUUGUGUCUUCAUGACGAUGAGCAACCCACCAGCAUGGAGUAAAACCGUGGAAUAUGUUUUCACUGGUAUUUACACCGUUGAGGCAACAAUCAAAGUGUUGUCCAGAGGUUUCUGUGUUGGGUCUUUUACAUUCCUUCGAGAUCCAUGGAAUUGGCUGGAUUUCAUGGUGAUCAGCAUGGCAUACGUCACUGAGUUCGUGGACCUUGGCAAUGUGUCGGCCCUCAGGACGUUUCGUGUUCUUCGAGCCCUUAAAACAAUUACUGUGAUUCCUGGUUUGAAAACCAUUGUUGCCGCUCUGAUCCAGUCGGUGAAGAAAAUGGUGGACGUCAUGAUUCUGACGGUGUUUGCUCUGGCGGUGUUCGCCCUCAUCGGCCUUCAGCUCUUCAUGGGAAACCUGAAACACAAAUGUGUGCGAUGGCCGAUCGAAACCUUUAACAGCACGGCAGCAUUCAACGACACGCUGUCGCACAACGACACCACGGGCGUGAAUCAGACGACGUUCUCCAACAGUACCUUUGAUUUUAUGGAAUAUAUCCAAAACUCCGAUAAUCACUAUUUUGUGGAAGGAAGCCUUGAUGCUCUACUUUGUGGGAACAGCUCUGAUGCUGGAUUGUGCCCCGAAGGGUUCACCUGCAUGAAGGCUGGGAGGAACCCCAACUAUGGCUACACCAGCUUUGACUCGUUUGGCUGGGCCUUCCUCGCCCUCUUCAGACUCAUGACCCAGGACUACUGGGAGAACCUUUUCCAGCUGAUCCUGCGGGCGGCUGGUAAGACAUACAUGCUGUUCUUUGUGGUGAUUAUCUUCCUGGGAUCCUUCUAUCUCAUCAACCUCAUCCUGGCCGUGGUGGCCAUGGCUUACGACGAGCAGAAUCAGGCAACCCAGCGAGAGGCCAUAGAGAAGGAAGAGGAGUUCCAGCGGCUACUGGAGCAACUCAGGAAUCAAGACCUGCCUCUGAAUCUUGGGAGUCGAGCCACUUUAACCAGUAAGAAGUCGCUGAGUCAUCGCACGUCGUCUCAGUUGGGGGACGAUGAACUGAGUCUCGAACGUGACGACAUCGUCAAGGACUGCAACGGGAGGGUCAUCCCCCACAUACUCAUCAGAGCGCCCACCAUGGUUAAGCCUGCUGCAGAUUACGAACUCGAGGAAAGGUCACUGAGCUCCGUGCCCAGCAUGCUCCAUCUGGACGGACCCGGCCUGACACAGAGGAGGGCGAGCGCUAUGACCGUGCUCACUGCAGCUGCCAUGGAAGAGUUGGAGGAUGCCCAGAGGCCGUGCCCGCCCGGCUGGUACAAGUUUGCCGACAAGUUCCUGAAGUGGGAAUGCUCCCCGUCCUGGGUGGUCUUUAAAAACUGGAUGCACUUUGUGGUGAUGGACCCUUUCGUGGACUUGACCAUCACCAUCUGCAUCGUGCUCAACACCCUCUUCAUGGCCAUGGAGCACUACCCCAUGUCUCCGGAGUUUGAAUACAUGCUCUUAGUGGGGAAUCUGGUUUUCACCGGGAUCUUUACAGCGGAGAUGGUCUUCAAGCUCGUUGCAAUGGCUCCUUACUAUUACUUCCAAGUUGGCUGGAACAUCUUCGACAGCAUCAUUGUCUCGCUCAGUCUCGUGGAGUUGGGGCUGGCGAAUGUCCAGGGCCUCUCUGUCCUCAGGUCCUUCCGUCUGCUGCGUGUCUUCAAACUGGCCAAAUCCUGGCCAACGCUCAACAUGCUGAUCAAGAUCAUCGGUAACUCGGUGGGCGCUUUAGGAAACCUGACUCUGGUGCUGGCCAUCAUUGUCUUCAUCUUCGCCGUGGUGGGCAUGCAGCUCUUUGGGAAGAACUACAAGGACUGCGUGUGCAAGAUCUCUUUGGAUUGCCAGCUGCCGCGCUGGCACAUGCACGACUUCUUCCACUCGUUCCUCAUCGUGUUCCGCAUCCUGUGCGGGGAGUGGAUCGAGACCAUGUGGGACUGCAUGGAGGUGGCAGGAGCUGGGAUGUGUUUGGUUGUCUUCAUGAUGGUCAUGGUCAUCGGAAAUCUUGUGGUGUUGAACCUCUUCCUGGCCUUGCUCCUCAGCUCGUUCAGCGGGGACAACCUCUCAGCGGGAGACGAGGACGGGGAGAUGAACAACCUCCAGAUCGCCAUCGGCAGGAUCACGCGAGGCAUCGACUGGUUCAAAGCGUUCGUUGUGCGACUCGUUCAGCAGAAUCUCAACAGAAAACCCAGGGGCCCCGAGGAGGCUCCGACGGAUGGCUCGGACCCCAAAAUGGAAGGAAUCGAAAUGAACCACUUAGACACCUGUCAGGAUUUCAAAAUGGCGGACGGGAUAUCUAACUGUCUGGUUGAAGGGCGGCCUUCUGGAGUUCUCGUGGACGCAGAGCUCAGUCUCAUUGUGCCUAUCGCCCAGGGAGAGUCGGACUUUGAAAACCUGGGCGAGGAAGAUGAUGAAGACGAUGAAGACGAUGAUGACGACGAUGAUGAUGACGCUAUUGACUUAGAGAUGUUAGAUGAAGAGAGCAACCAGAGCACAGAAAACUCAGAAGAUGAAGGCAGCAUGCCAAGAAAUGUCAAACUGAUGGGUGCUCUGUGUGACGGGGAUUCUUCGAUAUGCAGCACAGUGGACUACCAACCACCUGAGCCUGAACCAGAAGAGGUGGAGGAGGAGGAGCCAGAAGCAGUGGAGCCGGAGGCCUGCUUCACCGACGAAUGUGUGAGUCGCUGGCCAUUUCUGACUGUGGACAUCACCCAAGGUAGAGGCAAGAAGUGGUGGAACCUCCGCAAGGCUUGCUUCACUAUUGUGGAGCACGACUGGUUCGAGACCUUCAUCAUCUUCAUGAUCCUGCUCAGCAGCGGGGCUCUGGCCUUCGAAGACAUAUACAUAGAAAGACGCCGAACCAUCAAAAUUAUUCUGGAGUAUGCUGACAAAGUUUUCACCUACGUCUUUGUCAUCGAGAUGCUCCUUAAAUGGGUCGCGUACGGCUUCAAGACCUACUUCACCAACGCCUGGUGCUGGCUGGACUUCUUCAUUGUAUUUAUUUCCCUGAUUAGUUUAGUUGCCAACUGGAUGGGCUACUCUGACCUCGGACCAAUCAAAUCCCUCAGAACCCUCAGGGCGCUGAGGCCUCUCCGAGCAUUGUCCAGAUUUGAAGGGAUGAGGGUGGUGGUGAACGCUCUCGUCGGGGCGAUUCCCUCCAUCUUCAACGUGCUCCUGGUGUGUCUGAUCUUCUGGCUCAUCUUCAGCAUCAUGGGAGUGAACCUGUUUGCUGGCAAGUUCUACCACUGCAUCAACACCACCACGGAGAAGCUUUUCCCCAUCAGCGAGGUCAACAACAUGAGCGACUGCAUGGCCGUCGAGGAGGCCACGCAGGAGGCGCGCUGGGUCAACGUCAAAGUCAACUACGACAACGUGGGGCAAGGCUACCUGUCGCUGCUUCAAGUGGCAACGUUCAAAGGUUGGAUGGACAUCAUGUACGCUGCUGUGGACUCAAGAGAGGUGGAAGAGCAACCGUCUUAUGAGAUCAACCUCUACAUGUACAUCUACUUUGUCAUCUUCAUCAUCUUCGGCGCCUUCUUCACUCUCAAUCUCUUCAUCGGCGUCAUUAUUGACAAUUUCAACCAACAAAAGAAAAAGUUUGGAGAUAAAGACAUAUUUCUGACUGAGGAACAGAAGAAAUACUACGAAGCCAUGAAGAAACUCGGGUCAAAGAAGCCACAGAAGCCAAUUCCACGUCCGACAAACCCAGUCCAGGGCGUGGUGUUUGACCUCAUCACUCAGCAGUUCUUUGACAUCUUCAUCAUGGUGCUCAUCUGCCUCAACAUGGUGAGCAUGAUGGUGGAGACGGACAACCAGAGCCCAGAGAUGGAGGAUUUCCUCUUUAAAGUGAACGUGGCGUUCAUCAUCGUCUUCACCGGGGAGUGUGUGUUGAAGCUCUUCGCCCUGCGACAGUACUUCUUCACCAACGGGUGGAACGUCUUUGACUUUGUUGUGGUCAUCUUGUCGAUAGCUGGCACGAUGCUCUCUGACCUCAUUGAGAAGUACUUUGUGUCGCCCACUCUGUUCAGAGUGAUCAGACUCGCCAGAAUAGGGAGGAUUCUGCGUCUUAUUAAAGGCGCCAAGGGCAUCCGGACGCUUCUCUUCGCUCUGAUGAUGUCCCUUCCUGCCCUCUUCAAUAUUGGUCUCCUGCUCUUCCUCAUCAUGUUCAUCUUCUCCAUAUUUGGCAUGUCAAACUUUGCCUAUGUCAAGAAGGGGGCUGGGAUCGAUGACAUUUUUAACUUUGAGACGUUUGGCGGCAGCAUCAUCUGCCUGUUUGAGAUCACCACGUCGGCGGGCUGGGACGGGCUUCUGCUCCCGAUGCUCAACAGCAACUUUCCGGACUGUGAUCCAAACUUUGAGAACCCGGGAACCGACGUUCUGGGGAACUGUGGCAACCCGGGCAUGGCCAUGAUCUUCUUCUGCAGCUACAUAGUCGUCACAUUCUUGGUGGUGGUCAACAUGUACAUCGCCAUCAUCUUGGAGAACUUCAACGUGGCGCAGGAGGAGAGCGGUGACGCGCUCUGCGAGGAGGACUUCGAUAUGUUCAACGAGACGUGGGAGAAGUUCGACUUGGACGGGACUCAGUUCAUCGAGUACAGCAGGCUCUUCGAUUUCUGUGACGCCUUGCAGGAGCCGCUGAGGGUGGCCAAGCCCAACCGGCUCCGCCUGAUCGAGAUGGACAUGCCGCUGGUCAUCGGGGACAGGAUCCACUGCCUGGAUGUCUUGCUGGCCGUCACAAAGAUUGUCCUGGGAGACACGGUGGAGAUGGCGGCAAUGAAGGAGAGCAUAGAGGCGAAAUUCAUCCUGAACAACCCCACAUCGGACUCCUUUGCACCGAUUACCACAACGAUGCGCCACAAGGAGGAGCACAUGGCUGCUGUGGUCAUUCAGAGGGCUUACCGCACCCACCUGCUGAAACGCUGCAUACGCCACGCCGCUUUCAUGCACCGCUCCAAGAGGUCGGGCAAAAGGGAUGGAGGUGAUGAUCCGCCAGAAAGGGAGGGGCUGCUCGCACGGAAGCUGGGAGUGCUCUAUGGGAGCAAAGCAGACCUGGCGGGGGAGAUGGAGCAGGCUGCUCUGGAAACUCUGGCAAACCAAGAGCCUCUCAAUCCUGAGACAAUGUCCCAGCACACAGGGGCCCAGUGUGGCCCCGAACCCCCCGACUCACACGUCAUGGUCGUGCUUGUAGAAAUUACUAAUGAGGUUUUACUACAUUCUGCCCCCGACCGACAGCUCCUCCCUGUAGACGCCAACCUGAGAGAGUCCAUCGUAUAA